AUGGCCUUUGUUCUUGGUGCUGCGCCGGUUGGUGCUGACUGGGGCAGGAGAAUGGAGAAAAGGUCGCCGAGCAGGUCGUCUCCUGAAGGCCUGAAGGGCCAGCAGCGGCCAUGGACUAGCACGGGUGUGGGGCAUCGAUCAGCUAGCACCCACCUCCCACCUACAACCAUGGCUCCGCAGUUCCACAUGGAGGCACUGCUUCCGAGCUCGAUCUCGCCAAAGAUCAGCACCAUCCUCCAAUCUCACGUCUACCCACGAGUCGGCCACGUCUUCCGCGCACUCGCGAGGUUCAAGUCCUUGCUCCUUGGCGCCCUCGGCAAGACGAAGAGGGGCGCGCCAAGGCCCUGCAGCAAGCAGCACGCCAACAGCUACCGCUCGAGGUCGAAGAAGAGGAACAAGAAGCCGCAUUUCACCUGGUCUGGCGGCUCGCCGGCUCGGGCGGAGGAGCUGGACGCGUGGUCGUGCUACGACCACGAGUCGACGUGGAACGUGGUGGUCCCGGCUCCGGCCGGGGUGGAGGGCGGCAGCGAGGACGGCACGGCCGAGUACUGUGGGUACCUGUGCUGGCUCGAGGAGGAGAAGCCAGAUGACGUACUGGUUGUGGAAGAAGCCGAAGAUUUCGACGGCGCCGGCGAAGGGAAUGGCGUGAAUGAGAUCGACAGGCUCGCGGAGAAGUUCAUCGCGAGGUGCCAUGCCAAGUUCUUGCAGGAGAAGCAGGAGUCGUACCGGAGGUAUCAGGAGAUGAUUGCCAGGAGCAUGUGA